AUGUCAAUCACUAAUCCUCCCAAAGCCCUUUUUUUCGACGUCUUCGGCACAGUCGUCGAGUGGCGCACCUGCGUUACUACAGCCCUCUCCCAAGCCGCCCAUCAUGCCCUCUCCGAUCCCCGCGAAGACCUCCCCGCUACCACGCGGGCCCGCGCCUCCGCCAUGACUCCCGCAGACUGGAAAACCGUCGCGGAGGCAUGGCGCGCGUCGUACAGCCGGUUCACCCAUUCCUGGGAUCCCCAGGCACAGGGCGUGUUUAUCUCAGUCGACCAGCACCACUACAAGUCUCUCGGGGAACUACUCGAGGAGCGGGAUCUGGGCGAUCUCUUCACAGAGGAGGAAAGAUGGGAAUUGGCGCUUUGCUGGCAUCGCCUAGAACCACGGGCAGAUAGCGCUCGUGGUCUAGAGCUGCUUAGCAGCAGAUUUAGAACCAGCACGCUGUCCAAUGGAAAUGUGGCUCUGCUGGAAGAUUUGGUUCGGCACGGGUCCCUGCCGUUUACGAAUGUCCUUAGUGCGGAGCACUUCGGGGCGUAUAAGCCCUCUUCUAAGGUUUAUUUGGGUGCAGCGGAGAGGUUCGGACUGCGGCCGGCUGAGUGUGCGAUGGUGGCGGCGCAUCUGUUUGAUCUGCAGGCAGCCAAGGGAUUGGGCUUUCAGACAGUCUAUGUUGAGAGAAAGCAGGAGGAAGCGUUUAGUGCUGAGGAUAUGGCGAGGGCGAACGAUCCGGAAAAGGGCUAUGUUGACAUGUGGGUUGGUUUGGGGGAGGACGGGUUCAUUGAGGUUGCUAGGCGGUUUGACAUAUCGUGA